AUGACCACUUUGUUUUUUUCAAACCUCGGCUUGAUAAAUAUUGUGAUUGUGGCAUUAACUGGUUUGAGCUGCAGCAGUCCAAUCAAGUCUGCCGAGACUCACCACAGGACAUUAGUUGGCAUGGAUGCGAUCGACAAUCCUCUCCACAGUGCACAGGACUUUUUGAGUCACUUUCUGUCCACACUGAACCUCACCAGGUUAAGGUCCCAGCCUAGGAUGCCCACCACCCAGAAAGAGCCACUUUCAGAGUACAUGCUGGAGCUCUACAACCGAUUUGCCAAUGACCGCACUGCGGUACCAUCUGCCAGCAUUGUGCGCAGUUUCAAGAAUGAAGAUUAUUCCCUCCAAAAUAUUGGAACCACUGGUGUCCGGAUACAUCCCCUUCUAUUCAACAUCUCCGUACCACACCAUGAGCAUAUAACAACAGCUGAACUGCGACUCUUCAUGCUUGCACGUAAAGCCCAGAAACAUGCCGGCUUCAGCUGCAGGGUGACUAUCUACAAGAUACAUGAUGGUGCAGUUUGGACAAAAGAGGUGGGGAAAGAAGGGAGAGGGAGGGAUAAAGAGGAGGUGGCAGGGAUGGAGGAUGUGGAGGAACUGGUGACAAAGCACAUUCAUGCCAGAGAUAAUAGCUGGGUGUCAUUUGACCUCACUCAUGUGGUUACACUCUGGCAGAAGUCAGGGUACGCAGCUCAUAGGCUGGAGGUUCACAUUGAAAGCUUGGGGGCAGAUCAGCAAAUGGCCAUGCAACAAGAAAUAGGAGGUGGAAAAAGUUUGAUGGAGGUUGAUAUUGACAGGAGCAAGGAGGGGCAACACAAUUCAGUAAUUAUUGUGUUUUCAGAUGAAUCGACAAGAGAUCAAAAAGAAGACCGACAACAGCUCAGAAGUCAGAUGAUUAGACAUGAGAAUGACCUUCCUGAUAACACGAUUACAAGCCAACAACCUCUCAUUGAAAGUGCAAAUCGCAACUCUGACCACCCGGAACAGGACGACCUGGAUGAACAGUCUGUCUUGGAGCUGCAAUCCAACCUUAUCUACGACACACCCCCACGAAACCGCCGUAGUGCCAACCACGAGUCCUGCAGGCGGACACCUCUUUAUGUGGAAUUUAAAGACAUCGGAUGGGACUCAUGGAUUAUCCAGCCUCAGGGGUAUGAAGCAUACAAGUGCAAUGGUGUGUGCAGCACUCCCAUGACGUCAGAGGUUUCUCCCACCAAACAUGCCAUAGUGCAGACUCGGCUGAGUCUGAAGCACCCUGAACAAACAACUGCUGCCUGCUGUGUCCCCACAAAGCUGAAGCCAAUCUCCCUUCUUUAUCGUGAUAACGAUGUGGUCACUUUCAACCACAAGUAUGAGGGGAUGGUGGUGGCAGAGUGUGGCUGUAGAUAA